UAAACUAAUGUAUAUUCAUUUUCUGCUUAUGAAUCCAUUGUAAGAAAGAUUAUUCAGAAAAUCGCAUGCAAAAUUUUUCGCAUUACUAUCAUUUUCUAUAGGUUAUUCAGUGUAAGUCAAUGUAGAAGUUUAACCUGUUAACUGAGCGGGACGUAUAAAUACGUCAAAAGUAAACAAUAUCGGGUACGGGUAGGACAUAUGAAUACGUCCUCGAUAUUUAUAUUGCGCCCUGGAACGGGCGGGACGUAUAUUUUACUACUACUAUGGUAAUACGUCAUUCAUACACGUCUUAGUGGAAAAGGACGCGCCCGUUAUAUGUUGCGUAAUUAGAAAGGGAUUUCCCCGGUUAACAAGUUAAAAAGUUGAAAAGUUUAAUAUGGUUUGUAUUACACUACUCAUAGCUGAAGUAUCACAGGUCAGUAUUGAAUUGUUUAUACUUUUAAAAAUUUUUUAAAUAAUUUCUGAAGACUAAAACAUGACAUUUAAAAUGAAUUUACGUUUACAAAAUAUAGUACAUUAUAUAUGUAUAAUAAAUAUAUAAUAUACUCGUUUCGCUCUGGCGUAAACGCCACACGAGACAAGAAUCUACUUUCCCACACUUGUCUCGUAAUGUACUAUUCCCGAACAUGUGCCGUACCGUAUUUUUUGAUACGACGUGUGGAAAGUGCGAUUCUUUUAGUUUGUGAGCAUGCAAGGCUCAAUUCUCAAAGUUUUAACUUUAAUUUCAAAUUGUAAGAACGCAUUUAAAUCUUUAAUACAAUUUAAUGCAGUCUAUAUAAGCAGAACAAUCGGCUAUUUAUCACGCGCUACACGUGGAAAAAUAAUCCAGUCAAUAAUGUCGUUGUCAAUAUUUUUUGGCCUUCUUAUUCUUUCUUUUCCAGGCCUAGAUUCGAAGAAUAUCGAAAGAAUUUUAGACGGUGAGCCGGCAUUAAUAGAGAAUUUUUCUUACAUGGUUUCUAUUCAAAAUUAUGAUGGUACGGAUCACCACUGUGGAGGAAUUAUCACUCAUCCCUGUUACGUUCUGACAGCAGCGCAUUGCAUAGAUGGAUUCGGACCUGAAGAGCUUAGAGUCGUCAGUGGCACUGUAGAUUGGAAUAAACCAGAUUCAAUUCAUUAUAUUUCCAAGCUAAUUCCACAUGAAAAGUUCAAUCUGGAAGAUACGUGGAACAACGAUAUUGGUUUGAUCAAAGUAGCAACACCCUUCCGAUUUGGGAUUUCAACGAAACCCGCGAGCUUAUCAAAAAAUAAUGAUGAAAUCGAUAUCAAUACUAUAGGCUUAGCGAUAGGAUUUGGAAGAACAUCGGAAAAUUCUAGGUCCUCCAGAAACUUAUUGCAAACUAAGCUUAUCGUCAGAGAUGUGGCGUAUUGCAAUAAACAAUAUAAGAAACAUAAUUUCAAAAAUACUCAAAUAUGCGCUCAAGGAAAGGGUAAUGCUGCCAUAUACAAAGGCGAUUCUGGCGGUCCUUUUAUCGUAGAUGGUACGGUAGUUGGCAUUGCACUCACUGGCAUGCCUAAAUAUCCAUCAGCAUUUACAAAAAUUUCAAAAUAUAUAGAUUGGAUCAAAAGUCAUGAAAAAUAGUGUGAUAUUAGAAUCAUAUUCUUUUUUUAUCAUCAUAAAAUGAAACACGAAUUAUGUAAUGCAAAGUAAUAUAUAGCUUAGAAAAUUGUAGAACUAGUACAUUACGAUACAAGUGCGGGAAAGUAGAUUCUGGUCUCGUGUGGCGUUUACACCCGAGCGAAGCGAGGGUGGAAGGGGACACGAGACGAGAAAAUCUUUCCCGAACAUGUGCCGUACCGUAUUUUUUGAUACGACGUGUGGAAAGUGCGAUUUUCAACGCACGUUUUCUGCCGAGCGUGCGGGAAAGACGCACUUUGCGCACGGAGUGUCGAAAAAUAAAUUACAGACAAUUUCAAUUGUCAUUCAGUAUUGAUUAAUAAGUUUCCUUGCGACGCACCGUCGAUAAAAACAAACUAGUUGUACCCUUUUCGUUCAUGCGAUUAAAGCUUUUUUUUUUAAAUCAAUCGGUAACAAUAAUAGUUAAGAUAUUUAUUAAAUUAUGUGCUAAAUAAGCAUUUUACUCAAAUAUCACAUAUAAAUUGUUUCAAAGUGGAUUUUCUGUAAAGCUUGCGAAGGAAAAGUUUUGUGCAUGCACAGUUGAUGAUUGUAAAAUUAUUUUGUUCUCAAUAGAUUUUAUCAAUUAAAUUUAACAUUACU